UCCUGUCACACAUUACAUCAUGUUUUCAUGCAUGAUAUGUUAAUCUAACCGUUUGUUCGUGUGUGUGUGUGUGUGUGUGUGUGUGCGUGCGUGUGUGUGCAAAGAGACUCCGGAGGAGGGGAGUUUCUGUCAGUAACUCAGGGAUAAAUAGAGAGGCAGAGUUCAGAGUUUGUCAGAAGACGGACCUGACAGGGUCGCACACAGGACCAAGCAGGAGCAGGACCUCAGCAUUUUUAACUUUUAUUACAAAUGGAGAAACAUGAAGAUGUUAUAAACGGUUUUCAAGACGGAAAUUAUUCUUCCAGAAAGGCUUCGCUAUCGACAUCUAUCUACAUAACACUGUACAUCUUCUUCUCAUUGAUUUCAGCAGUUACAGUAUUUUUGAACCUACUGGUGAUCAUCUCCAUCUCUCACUUCAAGCAGCUCCACACUACAACCAACCUGCUCAUCCUCUCUCUGGCUGUGUCAGAUCUCCUGGUGGGACUGAUUGUGAUACCAGUAACGACUGUAGCAAUAAUGGAAUCAUGCUGGGGAUUUGGGGAAUAUUUCUGUGUGUUUCAUUUAUAUAUGGCUUUUUUAUGUACUUCUUUAUCUCUGGGCAGUUUGGUCUUGAUAUCUAUUGACCGCUAUGUUGCUGUGUGUGAUCCCUUAUCGUAUCACUCUAAAAUAACAACAACAAGAACUAUCUGUUGUAUAUCCAUUACCUGGUGUUGUUGUAUCAUAUACGAUGCUGUUAUUAUAAAAAGAGUUGUAAAUGUACAGGUACUGAGUAGGUGCUUGACAGAAUGUUUUAUUGUUGAAGGGAUAACCUGGGUUAAUAUCAUUGACCUUGUAAGUACAACGGUUGUCCCGUGCUCUAUUAUUAUAACACUUUAUUUGAAAAUCUUUGUGGUGGCCAGAUCACAGGCCAGAAAGGUAUUUUCAAAAGAGGCUGCCAGUGUGUCUGGUGUUAAAACUGUACAUGCAAGUAAGUCUGAGAGAAAAGCAGCAAAAACUCUAGCUAUUGUUGUUGUCAACUAUUUCAUUUGUUGGAUUCCAUCUCUAUUUGUUUUCUCUUUUUUUUCUAUUUUAUUUGAAAAUUUCUUAGCAUAUUUCAUCAGUUUUCUGCCACUUGUUAAUUCCUUAAUUAAUCCAAUAAUUUAUGCUUUCUUUUAUCCAUGGUUCAAAGUGACAGCUAAACGUAUUUUAAAUCUGAAAUGAAGGUGUUCAUAGUUCCUAUAAUUGUAUUCCCUCGGUAGGCCAACAUAUGUUUGAUAUAGUUUUGUAAUACAAUUGUUGUAAUUAUUUUUUUCAUGAAACAAUACACUGACAUUACUUAUCUCAGUGUUGUCAUCAUAGAUACAUGUGGUGUUGAUACAGAAUGAUUUGUCUGAAUUGGAAUGGAAUGACUUGGAGGAGGGAUAAAGACAUAAGCUUGUUUUAUAAAAUACAUUGUAGUCAUUGUGGAUUGUAUACUACAAACACCUAAGGCUGUGGUUGUUCCUUGUUAUUUAAUGAUACAUAGUAUGUAAGUAUUCUAAAAGUACAUUCCCAGGACAACAUGAGUCAUUCUAUAUGUUGUUUAACAUCUCCCUCUAGUGGCUCAAUUGUGACACGUCUUCAUCCUGUGUUGUUAAGUUGAAAUGUACAAUACUGCUUCAGUUAACCUCCAAGUCUAUCUCAGUGGUGUAUUGUAUAAGUAGUUGAUUUUAAAAUAUUUGAAAAUGCAAUUAUGUGUAACACUUUAUAAUAACAUUCAGUAAUGAACCAUUUGUAAGGCAUUUACAGUUUGUAAGGCAUUUAGAGUUUGCUCACCAUUUAAUAUUUAUGCCACUUUUGUAAAAUGUUACUUAUCUUUGGUAUUCUCACAUUUAUAAAUAACUUCUACAGUAUAUAUAUUAAUUAUUCAACACAACGGCCCAGGAGACUGUAGCAGACACUUCAACCUCAACAUGCUGGGUAUUAACACUUCCAAAACUCUCACUACUUCACUGCUGAAAGGUCAGGGGUCACACCAGAGCAGCUCUCUCAGAAGCUGUUUAGUGUGAAUGAAUAUGGAGAUUGGGUAACACACAAACCAUUUCAUAAUGUAUAAUCAUGUAUUUUCAUAAGAUGUUUAAUAAAUGUCUAUGAACCAUUUAAUAGUCAUUAGUAAGUCGUGAGAGUUUUGGACUCUCUGCAAGUCGUGUUGCAUUGCAGUCCCUAAUCUAAAGUGAAGACUAUUCGUACUUUCUAAUAAUUUAUAAAUGUUUUGAACAGGGACCAGUGUAAUUCAUCACAAAAAGAUGGACAUGCUAUUGGUAGACAUCCCAGCAGUCCCGGAUGCUCCUUAAGUUCUCAAAAGGACCUGGAACAAAUCAAUGGUUAAACAAUAAGCAAACAACACAGAGGAUGUUAAAGGAAAUAUAUUGAACAUUUUAUUCCAAAACAGUCACACUGUUGUAGUAGUGUGCUGAAGGAAGUAAUGUGUUUGUCUGAAAAUGAUAACAUUCUUGUUUGUUGGCAGUGAAUACCAAAACCAAAGUGUGGGUUGCAGUCACUCAUUAGAAAUCAAAUCACAUUUCAUUUAUAUAUUGAACAUUUUAUUAGUAGUAGUGUGCUGAAGAAAGUAACGUGUUUGUCUGAAAAUGACAGAAUUCUUGUUGGCAGU